AUGCUAUCCUCCCUCAACCCGCUCAAGCGAGCCGCGCAGCUCGUCGGCGCCCGCACCCUCCUCUCCUCCGCCUCCAUCUUCCCGCCCACCGCACGCCCACCGCCAAACUACCCCGGCCACAUCCCGCUCACCACCCCCGAGCGCGCCCUCCUCGCCGUCGGCAGCGCCGUCGGAUCCCUGCUCAAUCCGCGGCGGGGUGACCUGAUUGCAGCGCUGGGCGAGGCCACGGCGACGCCGUACUUUAUAUACCGGCUGCGCGAUGCGAUGCUGGCGGAUCCCACGGGGAGGAGGAUACUGAGGGACCGCCCGAGGAUCACGGAGUAUGCGGCGUGGUUGGAUAAGGAGGGGGUGUCGCCGGAUACGAGGUCGCAGGUCCGCUACAUCGACGACCCCGAAUGCGCCUACAUCAUGCAGCGCUACCGCGAAUCCCACGACUUCUACCACGCGCUCACGGGCCUGCCCAUCAUCGUCGAAGGCGAGAUCGCGCUGAAGGCAUUCGAGUUCUUCAACACGCUCAUCCCCAUGACGGGGCUCAGCAUGUUUGCAUUCGUGCGGCUCAAGCGCAGCGAGCAGGCGCGCAUCCUCAACACGUAUUUCCCCUGGGCCGUCAGGAACGGGUUGCUGGCGAGGGAGGUCAUCAAUAUCUAUUGGGAGGAGGAGCUGUUGACGAGUGUGGUGGCGCUGAGGGAGAGGAUUGGGAUUGAGAAGCCGCCGGAUUUGAGGAGUGUGAGGAGGGAGGAGAGGAGGCUGAGGAAGGAGGCGGAGAGGAGGAAGGCGGCGGAGGGGGGAGCGGGGGUGGUGGGGUAG